AUGGAUCACGGCCGCGACCCGUGCCCCUAUGUCAUUCUCAAUGACUUUGGCGGCGCCUUUGCCAUGGGUGCCAUUGGCGGCACGAUCUGGCACGGUAUCAAGGGCUUCCGCAACUCACCGUACGGCGAGCGACGGUUGGGCGCCAUGACGGCGAUCAAGAUGCGGGCGCCGGUGCUGGGCGGCAACUUUGGCGUCUGGGGCGGGCUCUUCUCGACCUUUGACUGCGCCGUCAAGGGCAUCCGCAAGAAGGAGGACCCGUACAACGCCAUUAUUGCUGGCUUCUUCACCGGUGGCUCGCUGGCCAUCCGCGGCGGCUACAAGGCUGCGCGCAACGGCGCCAUCGGCUGCGCCGUCCUGCUGGCCGUCAUCGAGGGCGUCGGCAUCGCCUUCCAGAAGAUGAUGGCAGGCAGCACAAAGCUGGAGCUCCCGGCACCUCCGCCGCAACCAGAAGCGAUUGCAGCGUAA